AUGGAACCACGAAGACGACUUUUCAAGGCACAAGACACCGAUCUGGCCAAGAAUGGACAACAUAGCGAGUUUCUCCAUAAUGUCAGCAGCGAUCUGCCUUCGACACUUGCCUUUACAAAUAGCGAAAAUGGAACAGUAGAACUUGCAGUAAAUUGGGACUUUGAAGAUAAGGAGAAUAUGCCGGACUUCUAUUCUCGUCCACCCAAAAGGAAAUUGCCGACAAAUGUGUGCUCAGAUGCUCAAACCCUCACACGAAUUGAUUUUGGCCCCAUUUCACCCCUUCGAAAGAAAUUCAAAAGAAUGAACAUCAAACCGUCGAAACAGAGUGGACGUAUUUCCAAAGGCAAUGCAUCAAUUCGAAGUCAAAAAAGGGUCCGGAUGCUUGAGGAUAUUACCAACACUUCCUAUUAA